AUGCAAAGUUUUUGGUCAAAGACAAAGGAAACACUUACAAUUGGCGUUGGCACAGUUGCCGAUAUGACUGGUGCUAAAAAGCUUCCAGCUGAUACUGAUUAUACUGAAAGAUACAUCACUUUAACGAAAAUUGAAGAACAUUUGAAAUCAUUAAUGAAAUCGCUUGAAAGCUUUGCAACAUCUCUUGAAAACUUUGGAGAUGUUCAAGCCGAAAUAUCAAAUCAAUAUGUAAAAACAUUUGAAAAUGACAAAGGCGAAUUUCACGAUUAUUCUCUUCAACUUGACAAUGCUGCCAAAUCCUGCAAGGAUACAAUCCAUAGCUCUAAAAAAUUAUUCCUUGCAACAGCUGUUUCUCCUUUGGAAGACGCUUUGAAAGAAAUCGACAGACUCAAGCAUGAAUCAGAUCAAAGAAAGGAAGCAUUGAUUCUUCUCAACUCUCAAGAACAGAAGUAUAACAAGUCUGUUGGAAAAGGAAAAGUCGGACAAGAUGAUGAAUCAAAACUUCUUCAAAGACGUGCUGAAUAUCAUAAGCAUCAUCAUGAAUUCAUUACUGGUGUUGAUGCUCUUGACAAGAAGAAGGAUGAAAUCUUUGGAAAGGCUUUGAGUGAAUACAAGAAGCAAUUGAACUUAGUUGUUUCACAAAUGCAAAAGAGCUUUGUCCAAGAACUCAAGGAUGUUCCAAAUUUCCCAGCAGUUGACAGCAAAUAA